AUGACGACCAGUGGCGGCGCCAGCAAUUUUAAACAGAGCGAUCAGCUAAAGCCAUGGGUGGUGGUGGGGAACGACGGUGUUGUGUUAGGCGCACACUGCAACUGUACAGUGGGACUCGGGGAGAGCUGCUCUCAUGUGUCAGCUGUGCUCUUCAGACUGUGGGAGAAAAACAACGCAAGGCACGAAGAGAUCAGCUGCACGUCUAAAAAAUGCAAGUGGGCCUCUCCCAGUGAGGAUGCUGCGAAGAAUGUGGAGUACCAGCAGGGCAAGGACAUCAUAUUCAACAGCAGUCAAAAAAAUAAGAAGGGUAAUUCCACCAAGGGUACCUCUGCGCCACCAUCUUUCCCACCCCUGACUGCUGCCGAGCAAGCUCAACUCUACAAGAACCUUUCUCAGUGCCACACUCAAGAUGGGAAAUCCUGCAGACCUGCCGUCCUGUCAGUUGUUCCCGGGUAUGCCACAUCUUAUGUACCCAAGGCUGUCAGGCUGGAUUUACCCGAACCCCUCACCAGUUUGUACGACAAGAAGGCAAGAGACCUGAGCCUGGCUGAGCUACAAGAACAGGCAGAAGGAAUAUUUGAUGACUUGGCUGUCACUGAAGAACAGAGUGAUAUUGUAGAGGAGGAGACCCAAGCUCAGUCCAAAUCCAGAAUUUGGUACGAUCAGAGGAGUGGUAGGGUGACAGGAUCUACCUUCAGAGCAGCAACCAGAACAGACAUCAGAAAGCCAGCAGUGUCUCUCAUGAGACAGAUUUGUUACCCAAAGUCCCAUGUUUUCACCAGUGAGGCUACCAGCAACAGUGGUGCUACUGCCGUGCACCUGCGGCAGGGAACAUGCUCGUUUGUGCCUCAGGGUUCUGUGCCGUGA